AUGGUUUUGCCGCGCAACUUGACUCUGGGCUUUUUUAAUACAAUUUCGGAACGGAUAAAAACAGACGGGGAAGCAUUUCUUGGUCAAACACACCAUUUGGAUCCGCCAGCGAAUUUAUUAUGUGUCAGUCAAUCUGAUUUGCCACAAAAUCGUAUACUAUUAGAAGUCCUUGAUGGAUCUGUACCUGUACAAUAUAAACAUGUCUGCGUAAUGCUUGUCCAUAAAACUUCCGCUGAAACAUUCGCCUUCAGGGGAAAAGUCUUCAGUUUUGACAAAUAUAAACUGGUGGCUACUAAGAUAAGGUACCUUAUCGUAGUAUCUAACGUCAGCAUAUUGGACGGAGAUUACAGCAUUAUAGUUGAUAAGGUUAAGGAAGGCUUGACUUUUCAUCCAUCCCUGACGAUACAACAGGCCAACGAGAAAUCAUCAGUCCAUACGCCUAUAGGAAAACCUGAAUCCAAUAUAUACCAAAAGCCACAAAACUUGCCUAAUGAUAUCAAUCAAUCACACCAACAAGAUCAAGUGAAUAAUCAAUAUAUACAACGCCAAAAUAAUGAAACACAGAACUAUCUUGGAGAUACUUUUAAAAAUCCAUCGGCAAAUGUUGAAUGUGAUACAGGCGUAUGUAGGCAAGCUAAAAUUCCAAAGAACGACACUUUAGGACCAAUUCAACGCAAAAAUUAUGGAAUUUAUAACAAUAUAUCGGAACUGAGUUUAUACACACCAAAAUGGACGAUCUUGGCUAGAAUUAUGUUAAAAAGUGACAUUAGGAAAUUUAAUACACCACGUGGUGAAUCACAAUUGUUCUCGUUGGAUCUUUGUGACUCUACUUCGGAAAUCAAAGCUACACUGUUUGGUGAUGCAGUAAAUAAGUGGUUUGAAUUUUUUGAGGAGGGAAAGGUCUAUUCCAUUAGCAAAGGACAAAUUAGGGCGGCAAAUAAAAAGUUCAACCACCUAAAUCAUCCAUGUGAGAUUAUUUUGGAUGAACAUGCAAUUGUACAGAAUGUGGACGAUGAUAACAGCAUCCCAUCUAGUGUGUUCAGUUUCACAAAAUUGUCCAACAUAGAUAUUCUAGAUCAAGGAUCGCUGAUUGAUGUUAUAGGUGUUGUUUGUCAACACAAGAAUAUACAAAGCUUGCAAAAGAAGAGCUUAGGAGGUGUGAUUGAAAAAAGGGAUAUCAAAAUUGUGGACGAUUCUGGUAGCUCAAUUUGGGUCACUUUGUGGCAUGAUAAGGCGACAAGUCUUACUGAUUCACUGUUAGACACCAACCCGAUCAUAGCAUUAAAAAAUGCUAAGAUAACUGAUUGGCAAAUGAGAAAAUUGGAUGUACAAAGUUCGACGAAGGUUGUGAUAAAUCCACAGCAUCCACAAACAGAUCUACUGUGUAAAUGGUGGAUUGAGAAUGGAAAAACGACAAUAUUCAAUAGUGUGAGUAUCGGCGGACUUGAAGAGGAGGUUGAAUCCAUUGAUUAUUUAACGAAGCAAGCAACUCAGAUUGGCCAAGAUGCAAAUAGCCAAAGCAAAACUUUCAAUGUAAGGGGGGUGAUAGAAAUUCUUAAAGAAAACAUCUACUCUUGGCCCGCAUGUCCUGGAUGUCGUAAGAAAAUGUUGCAGGAACAACCGGAAAGUCCAAUUUGGAGAUGUACUAGAUGUAAUAUGGAAGGGUCUCCUAACCAUACCUACAUGCUUAAUUUCAAAAUCGUUGACACCACGCAAACCUCAAUUUGGGCCUCUGCUAUGGGGAAUGUUGGAGAAGAAAUUAUGGGUGGGGUAAAAGCGGAGGAAUUACUAGCUAUUGCAAGUAGUGAAUUUAACGGGAAGAAUCUGUCUAAUUAUUUUGAGGAUGCCAGACUCACAGAGCACAUAUUCAAAGUACGUGUGCAAAUGGACUCUUUCCUUGGUGAAUUUCGGAUAAAGUAUCGUGUGGUGAAGGUAAUUCCACUGGAAAAGGUGUUGGACCAGGAGAUUGCAGAUAGAUUGGCCAAAAUUAACGCUUUGCUUUCUAAAUAA